GAAUCUUGCUCUGUCACUCAGACUGGAGGCAGUGGCACGACCUUGGCUCACAGCAACCUCCACCUCCCAGGUUCAAGUGAUUCUCCCGCCUCAGCCUCCCGAAUAGCUGGGAUUACAGGCACCCGCCGCCACACCCAGGUGAUUUUUGUAUUUUUGUAGAGACAGGGUUUCACCAUGUUAGCUAGGCUGAUCUUGAACUCCUGACCUCAGGUAAUCCGCCGGCCUCAGCUUCCCAAAGUGCUGGGAUUACACACGUGAGCCACAGCACCCAGCCAAUUUUGAGUUUUUUCUAUGUGCUCUUUCUCAUUUAUCAUUACCUGGAAAGUUUGAGGUACUUAUUCUUAGCAUAAUAAAUUUUCUUUUUUCUUCAAGACUCAGACUAGAGAAACACAGCUGAAUAUUCUAAAUUCAAUGAAAUCAACCCUUUAAAAUCAUUACAUGUGGUCUGAAUCCAAAUCAGACAAGAUCUAAAGAAAAUCAAAUAGUGCGUAAUUCUCUUUAAGUCUUCUUGGGUUUGUACGUGUGUUAAGAAUGGGGAAAUGAGAGUGGCUUCUGGUGCUCUGGGGUGAGCUCUGCCUGGCUGCAGGGAUGGUGGGGAGAAGGAAGCUCAUCGCAGUGAUCAGAGACAAGGACACGGUGACUGGUUUCCUGCUGGGCAGCAUAGGGGAGCUUAACAAGAACUGCCACCCCAAUUUCCUGGUGGUGGAGAAGGAUACGACCAUCAAUGAGAUCGAAGACACUUUCCGGCAAUUUCUAAACCGGGAUGACACUGGCAUCAUCCUCAUCAACCAGUACAUCGCAGAGAUGGUGCAGCAUGCCCUGGACACCCACCAGCACUCUAUCCCUACUGUCCUGGAGAUCCCCUCCAAGGAGCACCCAUAUGAGGACGCCAAGGACUCCAUCCUGCGCAGGGCCAGGGGCAUGUUCACUGCCGAAGACCUGUGCUAGGGUCUUUGUGUGAGGACUCCUCACAGCCCUCAGCCCUUCCCUCAUUUUCAGGCCUCUCCCCAGGCUUGCCAUCAGCCUUCCUUACAUUUUGAGCCUCUAAUUUCCAAGUCCCUGCCCCUUCCCACUCCAUUAAGAGGCUAGGUGAGGCGCUUCUAGGUUGCUGGGGCUCUGCUGUUAAAAUCAAGGCUGGUUAAGGAACAGGAAGCCUGACCAUCUCUCUCCACUACCUCUUCCCUGUGCUGUUACACAGUGUCAUUGUUGAUGUUAAAUUACAGUCAUAUUCUUGCUUCUCUCCAAAAAAAAAAAAAAAAAAAAAGAA